GGGAGAGUCCCAGCGGAGCCGGCUUCUGGGAAGAGAAACUUGCGGCCGGGGGAGGCACGGGGGGCGCUCGGCACGGGCUCCUCGCCGCCACCCCCACCCGCGCCGCCCGCGCUCUCGGAAGCGCCCGGAGGAGGGUCUCGGGGUCCGGCUGGUCGCUGCCCGCGGGCCGUCCGAAGACUGGGCUCAUCCGGUGCGACAGCCCUGCCCCGCCCGGGGGGAGGGGCCGGGCCGGCCCGGGACCCAGAGGCCGCCGCCGCGCACCCGGAGAGGCUGCACCGCCGCCCCUCCCGUCCCCUCUCCGGCCUCCCGGGACCCGCGGCGACCCCACCCCCCCUCCACCCCCGGGCCCUCCUCUGGACGCCUCCGGGUCCCCCGCGUCGGGCCUCCCUGGGUCCCGGCGCCCCGUCCUCCCGCCCACCGCUCCCACCUCGCGCAGGGCUCCCCGGGCCUCUCCCGGCCCCCGACCCCCUGCCCCGCGUCCCCGGAGCCCCGCGGACAUGCUCGGACUGCUCGCGCUGCUGCUCGCGCUGCUGCCGCCGCCCGCGCGCGCCCAGGAGCCCUCCGCGCAGGACGUGAGCCUGGGAGUGGACUGGCUGACCCGCUUCGGCUACCUGCCACCACCCCACCCUGCCCAAGCACAGCUGCAGAGCCCUGCGAAGCUGAGGGAUGCUAUCAAGGUCAUGCAGAGGUUUGCCGGGCUGCCUGAGACAGGCCUCCUGGACCCGGUGACCAUGGCCACCAUGCACAGGCCCCGCUGCUCCCUGCCUGAUGUGCUGGGGGCGGCAGAGCUGGUGAGACGUCGUCGCCGGCGCCGGCGCUACGCCCUGAGCGGCAGCGUGUGGAAGAAGCGAACGCUGACGUGGAGGGUGCACUCCUUCCCCCAGAGCUCGGCCCUGAGCCAGGAGAUGGUGAGGACCCUCAUGCACCACGCCUUGACCGCCUGGGGCGUCGAGUCAGGCCUCAAAUUCCAGGAGGUGGGCUUUCAGAACCCGACGGAGCCCGACAUCGUCAUUGACUUUGCCCGGGCGUACCACCAGGACAGUUACCCCUUCGACGGGCAGGGAGGGACCCUAGCCCACGCCUUCUUCCCCGGGGAACACUCCAUCUCUGGGGACACGCACUUCGACGACGAGGAGAUCUGGACUUAUGGGUCAAAAGAUGGUGAGGGGACGGACCUGUUUGCUGUGGCUGUUCAUGAGUUUGGCCACGCCUUGGGCCUGGGCCACUCCUCGGCACCCGACUCAAUCAUGAGGCCCUUUUACCAGGGCCCGGUGGGCGACCCCCACAAGUACCGCCUGUCCCAGGACGACCGGGAAGGCCUACAGCAGCUCUAUGGGAAGGUGCCCCAGACCCCUUACGAUAAGCCCACAAGGAAACCCUUGGCUCCUCCUCCCCCACCCCCUGCCCUGCCCCCAGACAGCCCCUCUCUCCCCACCCCUGACCGAUGCGAAGGCAAUUUUGAUGCUAUCGCUAACAUCCGUGGUGAAACCUUUUUCUUCAAAGGCCCCUGGUUCUGGCGCGUUCAACCCUCGGGACAGCUGGUGUCGCCCCGGCCCGCCAGGCUCCACCGCUUCUGGGAGGGGCUGCCCGCCGGGGUGAAGGUCAUCCAGGCCGCCUACGCCCGGCCCCGGGACGGCGGCAUCCUCCUCUUCAGCGGCCCCCAGUUCUGGGUGUUCCAGGAGCGGCAGCUAGAGGGCGCCCCGCGGCCGCUCACGGAGCUGGGGCUGCCGGCCGGAGAGCGGGUGGACGCCGUGUUCUCGUGGCCGCUCAACGGGAAGACCUACCUGAUCCGGGGCGGGCGCUACUGGCGGUACGACGAGGCGGCCGCGCGCCCGGACCCCGGCUACCCCCGCGACCUGAGUCUUUGGGAAGGGGCGCCUCCCGCCCCCGACGAUGUCACCGUCAGCAACGCAGGUGACACCUACUUCUUCAAGGGCGCCCACUACUGGCGCUUUCCCAAGGGCAGCGUCAAGGCGGAGUCCGACUCCCCCCAACCCAUGGGCCCCAAGUGGCUGGACUGCCCGGCCCCCAGCGCCCACCCACGCGCCCCCAGGCCCCCCAAAGCCACCCGGGAGCCCGGAGCCUGCGACUGUCAGUGCGAGAUCAAUGAGGCCUCAGGGCGGCCGUCGCUGUCCUUCCUGCUGUCCCUUCUACCCCCGCUGGUGGGGGGCGUCGCCUCCAGCUGAGGGGGCCGGUCCCGGGGCGGGGCUCAUGCGGGUGGAGCUUCGCCCUGGGGGCGCGGACAAAUGGCUAGCCCUUAGACUGGACGGGCCAUGUGCUCACCCUCGCCGUUCCAGCACCCCACCCCACCCCCCCAGCCCCACCCCCACCCCCACCCCCACCGUUGCCCUGGCUGCGCCGCGCGCUGCCGCUACCGGAAGCUCUUUUUCCCGGAAGAGCUGGUGCUUCUCAGCAGCCUGUGACUAUAGCCCUGGCCCCACCUGGCAACAGCGGUUCCUCAUAGCGGCUCCUGGCUGUUUGGGGCUUUAGAGGACUGGACUCAUUGGCGCAACUGAACCCCAGCCCCUCUCUCCACCUGCUGCUCCGAAUUUCCCAGAAGAGUCCCACUGUCCUGCUUCUGCAACGUCCCAGGCAAUGCCACGUGGAUGGGGACCCCAGAUCCAGCCCUCAAGUUACCCCUGAGCACGAGUGUCCCAUAUCCUGGGUGACAUCAGUGGCCGCCCAGACGACCCUCCACAACCGAGGCCCCUGUGGACCUCCUUUCUGGUCACCAUCUUGGACCCAGAACAGUCCCGGUUCAACAGAACACCCUCCAAUCCCUAAAAAUCCGCUCAGUCCCUCCACA